AUGCUCGUGGUCGCGACCAGCUCGGCGCCGACGGAAGCCCGAUUCAGACCAGUGCUUGCAAACAAAAUCUUUGACGGGAGGAUUGAAGACUGGGUCACGGCGGGAGAGGGUGUGCGGGAGGUUGCGACGUACAAACUGGGCAGCCUGCGCCAACGCGGUGGCCGUGGCCCGAGUUUGGGCCGACUGGAUCUCGCUGGCGUAUAUCUUACUCACGAUGCCCCAAGUGAAGGCGUACGCGAGCGUGAAGACGAAAACAAGGACAAGAACAGUCCAGCCCCCAGGCCCGCUGCGGCCUGUGCCGCUAGCGAACAUGGAUGCCAUGGAGGCCAUGCACAAUGCCUGCACGACACCGCCGACGGAAAUAAGCACGCCAGGACUGAGACGGUGAAGAGGAGAAUGCCGAGGACCCCGGAGGCGAUGAAAGAAGCAGUGGAGGCAGAAAGGCUGGCCUCGGCAAAGAGGGUGGGCGCGUACGUUUUUGCGUUAGCCAAUUGGGAAACGAUCCAAGCAAGGCGCCAGGCUGCGUCAAGAAGCACCUACAUAGAGUACACCAUCGACGCCAGUAAGUUGCACCAUGGCGGAGAUGACCCGGCUGAAAAUGGUGACAGCAUCACGCCAGCUGGGCCGCGACACCGGCAUCUCAUCCCGCGUCGCCACCGACGGGCCGGCGCCGCUAGCAGCAGCAGCGGCAGGCAAUGA